GUGUUUGGUUCUCACAUACCACGAGUUUUAGGGAGGAGACUUGGUGAGUUUUCUGAGUGAGGCAGUUCUCUUCUUGAUAUGGCUUCAGAAAUCACCUAUGCAGAAGUGAAGUUCAAGAAUGAAUCCAACUCCUCAAGCACCUACUCAGAUUCUGCUACAGCUCCCAAUGUGAAGCCCACCCCUCAUCUAAGUAAGCCUGGCCACCCCUCGCUGCUCUUUAUAUCACUGAUGGCACUUUUCCUGCUGUUGGCAAUCGCAUUCUUGGUUGCUUUUAUCUUUUAUGACAUUGCACUUGCAUUUCCUUCUUUUCCCAAAGACAAAGUCUGGAGCUGUUGCCCAAAGGAUUGGAAGCCAUUUAGUUCCCACUGCUACUUCACUGUGAGUGACUCAGCAUCUUGGAGUGAGAGUGAGGAGAAGUGCUCCAGGAUGGGUGCUCAUCUGAUGGUGAUCCACAGCCAGGAAGAGCAGGAUUUCAUCACCAAGAUCCUGGAUGCUAAAGCUGCUUAUUAUAUUGGGCUUUCAGAUCCAGGUCACCGACAGUGGCGAUGGGUUGAUCAGACACCAUACAAUGAAAGUGCCACGUUCUGGCACUCAAGUGAGCCCAAUGAUAACAAAGAACAAUGUGUAGUAGUAAGUCAUCGAGAUUCUGGUUGGGGCUGGAAUGACAUCCUUUGCAGUGUUACACAGAAGUCAGUUUGUCAGAUGAAGAAAAUUUACUUAUGAAUCAAGCUUUCUCCAUGGACAUGGAUUGCAUUUUUAUCCAGCAUUACACAGGCACCUGGAAAGAUCUUCUUAUAGAAGAAUUGUCCAUAGAAUUUAGACACGCAGCCAACAGUUGUACAUAUGAGAACACCAGCCUAUAUA